AGAAACCCAGACUGCAAUACUUGAGAAAACCACGCCCACACAAACUAUUUUUAGAUAUCAAGUAAUAAACACAUGGAGUGUUAUAAAAGUCGCGCUGUCUCUCGCAAAUCCAUUCAUUCGAAGUUGGAUCUCCCAGCAUGAAGACCGUCAUUGCAACAGCUCUCGUGCUUGUGAUGGGCGCAACCUACGCCUUCUCUGCCCCAGGGAGGCAUGGGUCCGCCCUCCGACCUGCUAUGGGGGCGGAGGAACGGUCCCUUGCCCGAAUUAAGAGGAGUGUGAAUGAUCAUGACCAAAAUGACACCCGUGAGCAUGAAGUGGAAUCCCAUGGUCAUGGCAGCAACGAAACCCAAGUUCAUGACGAGGAUCACGAGGAGGGAGCCCAUGGUCAUAGGAACAACGAAAUCCAUGUUAAGGAGAUUACAGGAGAUCAUGAUGAUCAUGAUCAUCAUCAUGCCGAUCGUGAUAAUCACCAUGACGAUCAUGACGGUCAUGAUGAUCGUGAGGAUCACGACGAUCAUGAUAAUUCUCAUGACCAAUGAUCGUAUUAGCGACAGCAAUGAGGACGACGGGGAAGGUAACAGCGACAGCGAGAAUGUUGAUCGAUCUCCUGUUACACUGAUAUAUAACAUAUCUAAUUGUAUGUGUACAUGCUAACAGAUCAAUGUAAUCACAGAAAUGAUAAUGGUGAAAAUAUUCACAGUAUCAAAAUUCAAUUUCCAAAUUUAUAAAGUGUCUAAAUAAUCUUAUGAAAGAAAUCUUAUGAAUAAAUACAUAAGAUAAAUUAAAUAAGUAAAGGUUUAACUGAUACCUAAACAAACCUACUUUUCCCUUUCCCUGUUUCAUUGUAUAAACAAUGUAUAAACAGUCAUCCAAUAUCAGUGUUAUAAUCCUUAUUGUGAUGAAUAAAGAAAUUGAUGCAUCCA